AUGUCGGACCGCAAGCGCGCCAACGUCUUCGGGGAUGAUGAUCCUAUCUCGCAGCAUGAUGCCAAGAAGCCUCGCGGCAAUGCGCCCGCCGCGCCGUCCUUCGUCCCGACCCCCAUCACCUCGACCCUCCCUCCCCGUCCUGCCGCCGCUCCUCCCGCAGGCGGUCCUCCCAUCGACAUCGCCGCCAAGCGUGCCGAGAUCCUUGCGAAACUCGCCAAGAUGAAGGGCGCGAACGGCGGCGGUCUCGGCGCUCCUCCCGCCUCUGCCUCGUCCUCCACUGCUCCCCCGCCUGCUCCUCCUUCCGCUGGUCUCCCGCAAAGACCUACACCGAACUUGCCCUCUGCUCCGCCUCAACAACCAGGUAUCGACCCCGACAUUGCAAGGAAGAUCGCCGAGGCGAAGAAGCGCGUUGCAGAGAUGGCCGCGAAGAGCCAGGCGCAGGCUCAGGCUAAGGCCAACCCUUAUCUGUCCGCGACUUUCCAGGGCAAGAAGAAGGACCCGGCGAUUGACGCGAGUGUCGCCGCGAAGGGCGGUCUCGCCAUGACUGCUCACCCGCUCCUGCUCGACAACUCGGUGCCUGCGCCGACGACGAACAAGGACCGCCGCAAGCCAAUGGCGCCCAAGUUCUCGACGACCAAGGCGAACGUCAGCACACCUUCGCCCCGUCCCGCCACGCCCGUUCCUUCGACUUCCGACGUCUCAGCCGAAAGCCUCACUGCGACGCCCUUCUUCGACCCUCGUCUCGGCUACGGCUCGGCAGGCGUGACGGGCAAGUCCCAUAUGGGCAGAGGCCAUGCGCGGCAGGGUCUCCACUUCAAGCAGGCCGGCACGUACAUCAAGAAGGGCGAGGCGAUGCGUGCCGAGGCGCGGAUGGACGAGUUGAAGCAGCGGAUCCUUGAGAGCUCGCAAAAGGCGGGCGUGCAGAGCGACCUCGAGGAGACGGCGAAGAAGGUCAGGCGGCCGCCUCCGCCCGACAUCGAGUGGUGGGACGAGGGUUACGUGCCGGAGAAGACGUACGAGUCGUACUCGACGCAGUUCCUCGACGAGUCGCCGCUCAUCUCGCACCUUGUCCAACACCCGAUCUCGAUUCCGGCGCCGCAGGACAAGAACAAGGUCGAGCUCAAGCCGCUGUUCCUGACGAAGAAGGAGAUGAAGAAGAUGCGGAGGAUCAGGCGCCAAGCCGAGCUCAAGGACAAGCAGGACCGGCAGAAGAUGGGCUUGCUCCCGCCAGAUCCGCCAAAGGUCAAGAUCUCGAACAUGAUGCGCGUCCUGACGCAGGAGGCGAUCUCGGACCCGACCAAGGUCGAGGCGCAAGUGCGGCGCGAGAUUGUCGCACGCGAGCGCAAGCACCUGAAGGACAACGCGGAGCGCAAGCUGACAGCCGAGGAGCGGGCGGAGAAGCGCGAGGGUCAGUUUGCGCAGGACGAGGCGAAGGGCAUCCAGGCGGUUGCGUUCAAGGUGCGGUACCUGACGGACCCGUCGCACAAGUUCAAAGUCAAGAAGAACGCGAUCGACUGGCACCUCACCGGCCGCAUCCUGCACAACCCCAAGUUCUGCCUCGUCGUCGUCGAGGGAGGCGCCAAGUCGAUCAAGAAGUACCGCCAGCUCAUGCUCAACCGCAUCCGGUGGACGGAGGAGGCUGCACCGCGCGCAGGCGGCGAGGACGACGCGCCCACGCUCGAGGACCACGGCGGUAUCCUGCGACCAGCCGGACCGUUCACGGCGCCCGACGAGCCCGAGGAGCCGCAGAGUCUCGCCGACAACUACUGCCGUGAGGUGUGGUCCGGCGCGCACCGCGAGCGCGUGUGGGCCGACAUGGCGCGCAAGAAUUGCCCGAGCGAGUCGAGCGCGCGCGAGGUCCUCGGCAAGCUUGCGCAGCUGUGGGACAUUGCCAAGGUCGAGGAGAAGGUCGACGAGUUUGACAUCUAG